AUGCAACCUCCCAAACUGUCGCCAUUAAGCAGUCCCGACGACAGCGACGAGAUGGGCGUGCAGGGUAGUGGCCAAACCCAGAUCUCUUCCGAUCAGCCGCCGAUAUCAAAUGCAUCAAUACCAUUGACCGCGGACGAGGACAGCGACGGCACCCGCACGGUCAUUGGAGGCCCUACAGUGUCAGCGUUGAGCCAGGGAUCAGGCCGCGCCACUCCGUCGUCCACAAAAAAGAUCGCCAGUGCACCUCCGCCGGCGGUCCAGGUUGAGACAGAAACCGUGCCCUCGGUUCCUGCAUUGGCUGUGCAAACUGCGCCUAGCGGUGCCGGGAGCCUGCGCAUCAAAAAGUCCCAGGAUAGUGUGCCCAGGACGGCUGGGCGAGCCAAGAAGCGACCUUCGCGACUCGCAACUACGUCCAAGGCAGAGAUGUUUGCUGCAAAAGUUGCUUCGGCAGUAGACAAGGCUACCACGUCCGAUUCGGACGAGGAGUUUGUGUACGACGCGAACCCGGCCCCUCAAGAUACUCUUAGGCACCCUUAUCUGCGAACGCGGCUAUCGGCGCUGGCGUCGACAGGCACCACAAACUCUGGGCCGCCCACCGUAUCAGCACCCGCCGCCGCAUCAGUGAACAGCAUCAACAACAGCGGCAGCAACGUGGGCUCUCCACUACUCGGAUCUGGAUUCGCACACGGCACUUACACAGGCGAUACCCAGGGCCCACAAGACAGCCAAGCGCUGAGUUCGGACGCCGGCCCGCGUCAAGACUACGGUAGUAGGGGACCGUUCGUGGUUAGCCGCCAGCCAGCAAACGGUACCGAGCGGAGUCCUCUCCGGCCAACCCGCAUCGAUUCAAUGCGAGCAAAAAACAUUUAUCUGAACCGUUGGCGCGGAUCUGUAACCGCAGAUGACGAUCGCGAUAUCGAGAUGGAUGACGACGACGACGAUGCCUAUGUCAUGCGUGAUUCCCGACUCAUACCUGUCACAGAAUCAUCACCAUUACGAAGAUCCGCGUCUGCACAGUACCGAUACCUCGCCCAGCGAGGCCAGGCACCUACCCCAUCACCGCACGACUACGGACCCAGUGCAAAACCCCCACCGUUGUAUGUUCGGCUAACCUUGUGGAUUAUAAUACUAUUAAUGUGCAUGCUGGGGGUAUCUUUCAUUGCCGGAAUAUUCCUCGCGUCGAGCCGACCGCUCCAAAACCUCCAUAUAGCCCGACUAUCUGACGUCUUCCCCAGCGAUAAAGAGCUUGUGUUCGCAAUGGUCGUUGGUGCAGAAAACCCAGGAUACCUAUCGAUCCAGAUCUCUGACGCAGAGCUGGACAUAUUUGCAACUAGCAAACACGUCGGGGACAAGCAGCGGACGAUUCUGCUGGGAACAAUCACCGAGCUCGAGUCUCCGCUGGUGUUUCAAGGGACGUUUUUCCAAAUGGCGAAUCGGUGGGCGUCCACAACCGCCAAACUCAUCAACUCGUGUGACGAAGGCGACACGUGCGACCAGUGGAAUAACAUCACCACCAACCCUUUCGAGCUUAACGUGCGCGGCUCGCUGCAGUACCGAAUGCUGCUGGGAACCGAAAUCAAGGUUCCGGUGCAAGCAUCCGUCCACGUUUCGAGUCAGUCCGACGUGGAACCAUAG